CCUCGGCCCGCACCGAAGGCUCCGGAGGAAAGGAACUUUGACCGCAGCUCUACAUGGUGCAUUAGCGCUAGUUAGCGGCCGGCUAGCUGUUUUUUUCCCCCCCUGUGUUGUUAGUACCACAUUCUGUGUGUGUGUCUGGGGGUUCAUAUGCAGAGAGAUGUGGUUUAUUUAUUUGCUCAGCUGGCUGUCGCUGGUCAUCCAGAUAUCCUUCGUCACUCUAGCGAUAGCUGCUGGCCUGUACUACUUGGCAGAACUAAUAGAAGAAUACACAGUAGCCACCAGUCGAAUAAUAAAGUACAUGAUAAUGUUCUCGACAGGUGUGCUGGCGAGCCUCUACCUGUUUGAAGGCUUCCCAAUGUUGAUGGUUGGACUCGGCCUCUUCACCAACCUGGUGUACUUUGGCCUCCUGCAGACGUUCCCUUACAUACUACUGAGCUCCCCCAACUUCAUCCUCUCCUGUGUGUUGGUGGUGGUGAACCAUUAUUUGGCCUUCCAGUACUUUGCACAAGAGUAUUAUCCAUUCUCGGAGGUGCUGGCGUACUUCACCAUCUGCUUGUGGGUGAUCCCCUUCGGCUUCUUUGUGUCCCUGUCAGCGGGCGAAAAUGUGCUUCCGUCCACCAUGCAACAAGGAGAUGAUGUGGUGUCCAAUUACUUCACCAAGGGAAAGAGGGGGAAGAGGUCCGGGAUCCUCCUCGUCUUCUCUUUCCUCAAGGAGGCAGUGGUGCCCAGCCGACAGAAAAUGUACUGAAGCUCAAACUCGGGGGUCUGGGGUCAGAGGUCGCGCGAGUGAGCGAGAGUACGCGGUGGAGAUCAAGGGGGAAGCAGGACGGACUUUGGACAUUUGUUUCCGGAUGGGACUAAAAACAAAAACCGAGGAGCGGAUAAAGAGGACGGACCAAUGAACAGAGGAGAGCUUUUUUUUCACCGGACGAGCCCACGAGUUUUUACAAAGGCCACGUUUGUCCCUCUUUGUUUUUCUGUCUCUCUGUCUUUACUACGAACACGUCAUCUACGAGAAGACUCGUUGAAACGCUUCCUUCCUUCCUAACGUCUUGUGAGCUUUGGUAUUUAAAUAUGUAUGUCCUCGGUCAACCGCCAUCUACCUGUUCUUCCUCUUUCGACUUUGGCAUUUCCUUUCGGGGGGGAUUGGCCGCCAUUCAGACGGCGUACGACCGGUGAGAACCGUCUCCCCAGAUGAACGUUAGAGACCGCAGAACUUUAAAUGACGCUAAAUUGUAAUGAAUCCGCUUCAGAUCGAUGCACACGUGCCGUUUUUCAUUACAAAAUAAUAAUAUAUUACUCCCACCACAUCGAUCAAAAUGGGUUAUAAAGUCUGCUCCGAACAGAUCUUUUCUAAUUAAAACGGCUUUCAAUUAAAGUGAUCUACAACAGAUAAACCCCCCCUCCCCCCUCUCUCUCCCAAUCCGCUACGUUGAGAGGUUUGUGUGUCUUGCCUCCAGAGUCGUUAAUCACCUUGCUGGACUUUUAAAAAUAAAAAACUACAGUAGUAACAAACGAAACAAAAAGAUUUUCUUGGUACGUUGCUCGUUGAGUUUUAACCGUCGCGAGACGAAUAAAUACACAGAUCGAAAACCACGCGACGACUCUUGUGAGCUGACACGCGUCACCAGCUGCUCCUAAGUGUUCUGGUGGAAGUGCUAUUAAAGAAGCCGAGAUUCUUUUUACCAAUUAACGAGUGCAAUUCUUUGUAGGCUGGUAUGCACACAAAUGUUUAAUAAAUGAUUUUUUUGAAAUAAC